AGCGGACCCGGAGAAGUGUGGGGGGAUGGCGGGUGAGAAGAUGGCUAAAUGUGAACCCUGCGAAAGAAGUUAUGAUAACAUGGUAAAAAUGCUUGAGGAUUUGAACAGGGAUUUGGAAAAGCUUCUGGAAGACAUGGAAAAAUUAUCAGUGCAGGCUACUUGGAUGGCUUAUGAUAUGGUGGUAAUGCGCGCUAAUCCAGACUUGGCCAAUUCAAUGAGACGUCUGGAAGAUGCCUUUCUCACUUGUAAGGAAGAAAUGGAGAAAAACUGGCAAGAAAUGUUGAAGGAGACUAAAAGUGCUGAACCAAAACAAUAACUGUUUUUGAAAUCAGUGGUGGAAGAGUUAGUCUUGAGUAGUGUGCUCAGUGUUUAUUUACAAAAUACAUUUUAAAAAUAUGUUCCUGAGCUGUGUCUCUUUC